AUGAUGUCAGAUGGAUUUCCAAAUCCUGUGGAGUGCUUCCGUACACCCUUCCAGACGCAGUUAAUAAAUGUUGAACCUUCUCCUCUUUCCGCUCCUGAUGAGACGCUCAUCAGUGCAAAUAAGCAAGCCUAUGUUAACAACAAUGGUUUUUCUACAAAUUCUGCUGCGCAAGAAGUUGUUUCUUCACAGAAAGCUCUUCUGGAAAAUCAGUUCUCCCGUUUUAAGUUGCAGGAUCUAUAUGUUUUUUCCUUUAUAGCUGUUCAAUCUGUCGUCCGUGCUCCUCCUCCUUCUGAUGCCUUUCCUUUGAACUUGUCCACCUCUUUCACAAUAAAAACUCCUUAUUUAAACCAAGCUCAAGAACAAGACCAGCAGCAGCAGCAGCAGCAGCAGCCAAAGUGUUGUGCUUUCCAAACAGCUGAAAACUCUUUCGCGGUAGAAGUGAGCACAUCCAACUCAUCUCAAGCAGAGCAUACUUUCGGUCCAGGCGCACUUUCUUUAUCUAGUUGGGCACAUUUCAAUCCUGAAUUUCAACAAUAUCAUCCAUCCAUGCCUAACCAACAGCAGAAUUCUCCACUGCCUCAAAAUCAAAAAGUAGCACCUGGUAUUCAUCCUCUCAACUCCUAUGUUUCGCCUCAUGAACUUCCGACCUCUGCGCUCCAUUGCUCAAUAGCGCCUCAUACUAACGUACAGCAUGGUGACUUUCAGAAUUUUUCAACUUCGUCUGCUACUGAGUUAUUGUCUUCUUUUCCAUCCCUGCGUGCGUCUCCUUCAGAAGCUGUUGCAGGCUCAUUACAAUCUCAUUGGUCUUCACAGCCUUGUUCUUCAUCAACGGCAUCACAAUCCCGGCAGCAGUAUUUUUCGUCGUCACAAGAGUCUUCUGCAAACCAAUCGCUUUCAUUAAGUCUCCAAGCAUCUCGACUCGAGAAUAUGUCACCUACUCACUCUUGCCCAUCUUCGCGGUCCCAGAAUCAAGCUUUAGCUCUUUCUGGGCACUCAGCUUAUUCACAGUCCACAAAUUCGGAUCACUUACAAUUGUCCUCACAACCAAGACACUUGAAGACGAUGCAAAGGUCUCGAGCCAUUACUGCACAGCUUGUGAAGGGAAAUGACCGAUUUGGUUAUUUGUCUCAACAACACUCCACCGAUAGAAUGCCUGGUGCAGUUCUUUCCGCUGAAGAAUGGAAUGCACUUAACGGUGCAGUCAGUUUGCUGCACGAUUCUAACUUCCUACCCAGCGAUGGACCAGAAAAGCCACGAUGUCCUAAUUUAUCAACACAGGCAAGUGUAAAUUGCCAUCCAGACUACAUGCGAUGCACUUUGACCACAGUGCCAGUCACGAGCAAGUUGCAGUCCAGGUGUCGUUUGCCUCUGGGACUUCUGGUGCAUCCGUUUCGCGAUGUGAGUGACUUACCCGUCAUUCAGCCUUCGGUGAUUGUGCGUUGUCGAUCCUGUCGCACAUAUAUAAACCCUUUUGUCAAAUUUAUUGACAAUGGACGUCGCUGGCGCUGUCCUGUAUGCUUGCUGUCGAACAUAGUGCCGGACGACUUCUUUUUUGAUCCUGCCACUCAGACAUACGGAGAUCCGUCACGUCGGCCGGAGAUCCGCUCUGCCACUGUAGAGUUUAUCGCGCCUUCGGAGUACAUGUUGCGUCCUCCACAGGCAGCUACCUACGUCUUUUGUCUGGAGGUCUCACGAGCCGCCGUGACCACAGGUUAUCUCGAUCUUGUUUGUGAUUUGAUUGCAGAUCAGCUCAUAAAAAUGCCUGGUGGUUCACGACGACAGGUCGCCAUCCUUACCUUUGAUUCUGGUGUGCAGUUUUACGUUCUUUCAGGAAAGAAAAUGCGAAUGGUUAUUUGUCAGGAUCUCUCCGAGGUCUUUUUACCUGAUCUGAAUGGUAUGGUAAAUAGAAUCAACGACUGUGCAGAGCCGAUCAUCGAUCUCCUUCGUCAGCUCCCAAGCGAGUUUGCCAACACCCAGGAAACUUCGAACUGUCUCGGUUUUGUUCUUCAAAUAGCAUUAAAACUUAUUGGUGGCAGUGGUGGUCGUGUAACAGUAUUCAACGUUAGUAUCCCCUCUGUGGGACCAGGUGCGUUGGAAUGCCGGGAAACACUUGAAGAUCUCACCAAACCUGAAGCGGAACAUCUUCGCCCGGCAUCCGAUUUCUAUCGAACUAUAGCUCUAGAUUUUGUGGCAGCUCAGAUUUCGGUUGAUUUGUUUAUGUUAAACUCCAACUACUGCGAUAUCGCGACUAUCUCAGGCGUAGCGCGCUUUUCUGGAGGAGGAGUGUACCACUAUCCCAACUUCCACUAUGACUCUGACGAAACUAGACAGCCGAUUGGGAAGGGUAAUACGGAUGCUUGGCAAAAGCAGAGAAAGGUGGCUUCACACGAGUCGUGUGACUAUGUGGAGGUCGAGAGUCUCCACAGGGAUCUUCUGCGUUAUCUAACGAGGAAGAUUGGGUUUGAGGCUGUUCUCCGCCUACGCUGCACACGAGGUCUUGCUGUUCAGAACUUCUAUGGGAACUUUUUCAUGCGAUCGGUUGACCUCUUAACCUUGCCGAUCGUCAAUCCAGAUGCAGGCUACGCCAUGCAGUUGGAAAUAAAUGAAAGGCUGGAUAGUUUCUCAACAGUUAUUUUUCAGGCAGCGUUGUUGUAUACCUCGGCUUUUGGAGAUCGUCGAAUUCGUGUGCACACAUUAUGUCUCCCAGUGACUGAUUCACCGGAAGCUAUCUUCAACCACGCAGAUGAGGGCGCCGUGGCCUGUUUGGUAGCUAAGAUGGCGGCAGCGCGUACCAUCUCCUCGGGCUUGAGUAACGCUCGUGAGGCUCUCACUACGGUGAUGGGAGACAUUCUUUCUGCUUACCAAAACGAGCGCACUCCAGGCAUGUCGGGCUCCUCCCCUUCCGAUAUCUGUCCCAUUUCUCUCCGCCUCCUCCCCUCUUACCUGUGUGGCGCGUUGCGCUUCGCGGCCUUCAGGAAUCACAUUUCCACCUCACUGGAUGUUCGCUCUGGGGCGCUAGAGUUGCUCAUUGGUGCUUCCACGCACCGCAUGCUCCCCCUCAUAUAUCCACGCUUGUACGCCGUCAACUCAUUCAUAACCGAGUCUGCCUGUGGCAAGAGCACCCUUGCGCAAAAGGUUGCUUCUCUCUCUCUAAAAGACGAGCCCUGUGUCCCUCUGCCGUGCCUACCUUUGACUGGAAAGUCAAUCACGCGCGACGGUAUCUUCCUUCUUGAUACAGGUAGUUUGAUUCUUCUGCUUGUGGGCUAUGGCAUUCCAGCAGCGGACCUGCAGUCCCUAAUCGGCUACUCCACCAUCGAUGAGUUGACGGUUGAAAAGUCGUUAACAAAAUUGGCUGAUUUACCGGACGGAGAGAAACCACCACCACCCAGAAGGCGUCUCCAGGCCCUUAUUAAAUUCAUCCAGCGCGACCGAUCACUUGGAACUGCACUUAUUUUAAUUAGGCAUGAUGUGCCGGAGCCUCUAAAGAGUCGUUUCAUUAAUGCACUUGUUGAAGAUAGAACAACAACGGCUCCGUCGUACUCGGAGUACGUGCAAAUGAUUCUCAGUGGGCGGUCUUAG